AUGGCAAGAUCUGCCGUUGGCGAGUCGCUCGCACGCAUCAACCCGGCGAAACGAGAUCAUGGAGAGACGGCUUCGUCGGAUGACGUAGCGUCAGUGCAAGGUGUACCGGGGAGUAACAGUAACAUGCGGAAUGACACGGUUGAAGCCAUAAGACAUGGCCGGGACGGUGUUAUGUUGAAUAUCGCAAAGGUACCAAUAUCGGAGGACGGCGCCACAAAGCGCCGAGCUAAAUACACGAAACAUGGAGGCGGCAGGAAUGCCGAUUCGUCAAGCUCCGAAAGCUUUUCAAAAUCGGCGGCCGUGACACAUGGCAGCACGUCGAAAUUACGCCGUGGCGCAAAAUUAUUUGCCCAUGCCGGCGGGCCAUUCCUGAGGAAGCUGGAAGCAUAUCAUGAUGCUUUUCUGAAGUCCGUCAGCCGAGUGUAUAACUCUGACAUGUCCGUCGACGCUGCGCUGGCCAUUACAUUCGUGCCCCUGAAAGAAGUGAUCGAGGCAUUGCCGAAGCAAAAGGCCGCCACUUCGGCGCAGAAUGGUGAUCACUGCGAGCUGUUUGCGGAGUACGUGUACAGAGAUGCCCUCCUAUGCGCUUGCUACAUGGGCAAGGCGCGGGCAGCCAACGGUCCUGACGACGGCUUGGAACCUCUGGCAGAAUUCCUGUACUGCCACAUAAUGCGUGUCGACUAUUUGUUAGAAAACCAUGCUACACCGAAAGGUGCCGAACUUCUGGAUUCGCAGCGUGUCAUACCCACCUCACCACGCACCGUUGUUAGGGUGUGGGAAGCACUGCUGAGCCUUUCAUUGGCUAAGGAUCGCAAAUUGCGCAUGGCGUUCAGCACCGUCACCUAUCAUAUUAUGAGGCUCGCCUGUAAGGAUGAAAUUGAAGUACCGCACAAACUGUUCACGAAGCAUGCGGAUACGUUCGUGUCACUGCUCGCCGACCCCAACAAGGAACUGCGGUACCGAUGCCUGCAGCUACUGGAGCAUUUCCAGGACGAGCGCGUCAAGGGAGAGAUGCUAAAGUAUACAGCAGAUCCGGCUGCGAUUGUAAGGGCUGGGGCUGUCACUUUCAUGGACGUGCCACCGACACUGGAGGAGGCGCUGCCGGUGCUGCGCAAAUUGAUAGCCAGACUGGCCGACGUCUCGAAAGAUGUGCGGUCUGGCGUGUACAAGAAGUUGGGUGCUGUCUACAGCGUGAUUCCGGUAGAGAUGUGCACCCAGAUCAUGUGCUACGGACUGGCCGAGGAGGCGCCGAGCAUGAAAAGGGCAUUCCUGCAUAUGCUCUCGUCCUGGAUUAACAACUGCGGUGGACUGAUAGGGUUCCUGUCCGACAUGAUCUCGCAGACUGACGACCUCACAGUGCUGGAGAAUGCUAUUUCAUUCUACAUGAAGGGCACAGGGUUCCUCAGUUCCUUCUCGAUUAGGUCGGAUAAAGGAAGCGGGGGUGAAGGCAACGGCAUCGGCAGUGACGGUGUUGGCGGGACCGAGGCUGAGGAAGACGCCGACAACAUCGUGGCGUAUAUGAAAAGGUUCAAAACGCUUUCUCCUGCGGAGAUGGUGCUUGUGAACGUUUUCUAUCAAAAUCAUGCCCUGCCUGAAGAGGUCAAACUCAUAAACAUGAUAGACAUCAUUUCGUAUGCGCAUUUUGUGCUUACCACGUUUUGCAACAUGCCCGACGAUUCAGACCAGGCCUCUCAGUCAACCAUGAGUGCCGGCGCAGACGAUGAUUCACAGUUUGUGGACGCGGUUGAGUCCAACCAAUCGGCGGCAGUGCACAAGUACGCCUCAGAGGACUCUGAGAGGAUGAAAAAGAUGUACUGGAACAAAUGUUUAGUUUCGCAUGCACUCCGUGCGCUGCUUGUUAUCGCACACUGCCAUGCCAUUGAAGACAGCUACCAGGUUGCUCUCACCGAAACAUUCUGCGACAAGAUACUGCUCCACAGUCCGGUGCGCAGCAACAUCACGGGGCUGAUGGCCGACCUCGUUGCACAAACUACGUUGGGAAACAACUCGUAUUCCCACGCACUACCGAGCCGAUGGCUGAAGGGAGGGGUUACGUUCGCCGCCACCAGCCUGCUGAGAUACGUCUACGCAAGGAAGUUCAGGCUGGACGGCAAAUUUAUCGGCGACGAUCCGCAGAUGGAGAAGCGGCACUUCGAGGUAUCCGUCACACGUAAGGUGCUAUCCAUCAUAUCUGACAUCAAGGACCCCUUUCAAACCUCUGGAAUUUCCAACAUCAGCAUACGCCGGGAAGAACUCGAACGGAUGGAGCUGCAAAAAAUCAAGGGCUUCGACCCCACCAGCUAUUCCAUCGAGCAUCUCAGUCUGAUCGACGCGAAGCUGCGGGAACAGAUGGAGCAGACGUGGACGCAGCAGGCCGAACUGGAAAAUGUGAAGAGCGCGAGCAAAGAGAAGCAACAGCAACAGGAGAUGUUGCAGCAACAGGAAGAAGCGCUGUUAGUGCUGCUGGAAAAGCAGCAGGCGUUUGCUACCGUCAUACGGAACUGCCUGAAGGAGCGCUGGACGCGCAUCAUGGCCAUCGUCGAGGCUUUUCUCGGACAGACCCAAAGCAACUGCAGCGAAGAUGCAGGGCUCGCGGAGUUUCCGCGCGCCAUCCUUCUGCCACAGAUGGCCUUCUUCUGCGCCACCGUGGUUAAGUGGCGCGACCAAAGCAUCACCGAUCAGUACUGCGACGUGCUCACCAGCAAGUGCCUCGGAACGUGGUGCAUGCUCAACAAGGGUCGCGUUGAACUGUGGAGGCAAUUGAACGCCUUCCAUGUGGCUCUAAAGGGUGCAUUGGCAAUUCUCGAGGGGUGUCUUAACCAGGCGGCCGCCGAAUCUGAGGCCUCGUCAGACGCCAUUCGAAGACGCAUCGAAAUGCAAACGCUACGGUGCGAAAUGUACAUGACCACGCUGACUGACCUACUCGUCACUAACGUGGAGCUGCAGCAGGGCGCAGCUGGCGAGGACGCCGCAAACGUAGAGCUUAUCGAAGAGCUCAAGGACACGCUAUGGGGUAUUGUGAACUGCACGGUCAAGAGUUCGAAAUACGUGCAGUCACUGGCUAUUAGGUUGGGAUGCCGUCUUCUCCUUACCGAGUUCCUUCGUAGCAAGCAGGAACGUGUUCAAAGCCCACAAACUGCAGAGGAGAAACAAUGCAGCGAUGACAUUACCGUCGUCCGCCUACGCGGCAUCUUAGAGAUGGCCUUCGUCGCGCCAGCCGCAGCGCGACACAUGAUCGCAGAUUUCAAAUUCACGAAAUCGACGCGCUACGUGCCAAUCACGGCCGAGGACAAAAACAUCAUCGUGAGCAUGUGUGCUCUGUACCCCACGCUCUCGUAUAGGCAUCUCCGCAACUUCCACAAGGUGCUGGAGCAGGUCCUCAUGCGGUCUGUACACCAUGCGCUGCAGCUGGAACUACGUAUGGUUGGAUUUGCGCGCCUCAUAUCGUUCGCCGUGCAGACAGUAUUGCACAGGUCGCCGCUUUAUUUCUCGUUGGAGACCUUCGCCAAGUACUUCAAGUGGCUGCUGCUCAUCACAAUCGACAAGGGCCCGAUUUUGGCCGACCGCGGAGGCUUCAUGUCGCUCAUCGGCGCGCUUAUAUCGAUGUUUGUCACGCGCAACGUUGCCGCUCUGCUGGACCGCUUCGGGCUAUCGGGGCCAGGGGGCGCUGGGGACGACGAGCCGAGGUCCAUGAGCGACCUCUGCGCCCUGGCGAACCCUGCACUGGGACUGCUGGAUUUGCGUGACAUGCUUCUUCUUCUCAACUACAUCAAGAGUCAGGGCGGAUUCGUCAAAGCAAAGGCAAACGUAAAGGUGGUAGACGACCUGAUAGAAUUGAUCUCGAAUCAAAUGCGGAAGUUAGCUACUUUGCAUGCGAAGGACCUCGUGAACUCGGAUGGAGGGGUGUCAGUAAUUCCUGGCGAGCCUCCCCAAAUCGUUUUUUCGACCGAUGAUUCCACCGCGUUCAGCGAUCUUGUAGACGCCUACGACGCCUAUAUAUCAAGUCUCGGGCCACGCGAGCUUUGCGCACUCCUUGUAGAAAUUGAAGACGAAAAGCCGGCAGUGGUGGAGACCGAGCCUGUCGCAAGUAGAAGGAUGACCCGAUCCGGCCGCGGCGCCAGGUUAUCCCAAUUUGAUAUGGAGGAACACGACGGGGACGAUCUCAGCGACGCCUCAAUCACCUUCGCAGAUGAUGACGAGGACUUUGUUGUAAAGUGA